AUGGCACAGCAAGGAAAUGUUGGUGAACUCCUCUCAAUGCUGGAUUCUCCAGUUCUGGGUGUCCUGGAAGACAUAACAGCUGCAUUCAAAGAUAAUCUCAUCUGUGACCGAGGGCCAAUGCUUGUCAACAACCUGGUGGACUAUUACUUGGAAACCAAUUCUCAGCAGGCACUGCAUAUCCUGUCCACGCUGCAAGAGCCUCAUGACAAGCAUCUACUGGACAAAAUUAAUGAUUACAUGGGCAAAGCUGCUACUCGUUUACCCACUCUGUCUCUGCUGGGACACGUGAUCAGACGACAACCGUCUUGGAAACAUAAACUUUCUCAAGCACCUCUCCUGCUUUCAUUACUUAAAUGUCUCAAGACUGACACAGAUGUAGUAGUACUCACCACAGGUGUCCUAGUGCUAAUAACCAUGUUGCCAAUGAUUCCUCAGUCUGGCAAACAGUACCUUCAUGAUUUCUUUGGUAUCUUUGGGCGUCUCUCAGCCUGGUGCUUGCAGAAUCCAGGUCAUGUGGCAGAGAUUUACCUUGUCCACCUUCAUGCCAGCGUUUAUGCUCUCUUUCAUCGUCUGUAUGGAAUGUAUCCUUGCAAUUUUGUCUCCUUUCUACGUUCUCACUACAGUAUGAAGGAAAACUUGGAGACCUUUGAAGAGGUAGUCAAGCCAAUGAUGGAACAUGUGCGAAUUCAUCCAGAACUAGUGACUGGAUCUAAGGACCAUGAACUGGACCCACGAAGGUGGAAAAGACUAGAAACUCAUGAUGUUGUGAUAGAAUGUGCCAAAAUCUCCCUGGACCCUGCAGAAGCCUCCUAUGAAGAUGGUUAUUACUCUGUGUCUCGGAAACUCUGCACAAGCUUAAAACAUCAUCAAACUGACCCCAGUGCCAGCUCUUACUUUGACAUACAGAGCAGCUAUGGGACUUCUACCCCGUAUUCCACUCCUCACCUAACACUAUCACAAAUGCCAGGGCAGCUACCUCAGCUUCUGAGCCCACAGUCCAUGAGGCUGUCAACUGAGCCACAGCAGGUUACCAUCUGGAGCCCUUCUGCAGUGUGUGGUAUGACCACACCACCAACCUCCCCUGGAGUUGUCCCAUCAGAGUCAUCCCAGUCUGCAUCACAACCUUACAGCAAAGCUUUUGGCACAUCUGCAGGGGGGAAAGGAACACCUUUGGGAACACCAGCCACAUCUCCUCCUCCACCCUGCACUUCAGAUGACUUUGUGCAUGUUUCACUCCCUUCAGCUGCUGCCACGCCUCCUAAAAAGGAGGACAAACCAGAUCCUGGGAGGCCUUUACUGUACCGACAGCAAAAUGUCACAAACAGCGAUAAAUCAUUGGACACAUCUGGUAGCAAAAGUUCAGUCACCUUAAGUGAUCUUCAGGAUUUCUUAGGUGGUUUGUCGUUUGAAGAUAGCGCCGAGAAGGACAGAGAGGAAGAUGCAAUAUCAAAAGAGAUCUCCGAGAUCACGACCGAUGCUGAGCACAUGGUGCCUCGAGGAGGAUUCGACUCUCCGUUUUACCGCACAAAUGAAAACCUCUCGGGCUCUCAGAAGAAAACCCAUUCAGCAGUCUCCAGUGUUCAGGGACACAGUCAGACUUCUGAGCCUUUAACACCUCUGGACAAGCCUGGGCCUGAGAGUGCACGGGAAACACCCAAACAGACGUUUACUCCCAUAGACAAGCCCUGUGAAGGCUCUGGGGAAAGCCCUGCUGGGAACAGGGAAGGAACCUCUGGGGAGACAAGUAUUCUCACUCCCAGCCCUUGCAAAGUACCAGCACAAAGAAGAGUGGUGUUUGGGAGCGGGCAGCCUCCCCUCUAUGACCACCUUUUUGAGGUUGCAUUACCAAAGACUGCCUACCUCUUUGUUGGCAAGAAGACUGAGGAGCUGCUAAAGAAAGCCAAGGGAUCCCAGGAUGAUGACUGUAUGUCCUCAACUUCCCCCGUGGAAGUACUGGACAGACUGAUUCAGCAAGGAGCAGAUGCACACACUAAGGAGCUGAACAAAUUGUCUCUGCCAAGCAAAUCUGCUGACUGGACUCACUUUGGAGGUUCUCCCCCCUCAGAUGAGAUUCACACCCUGCGUAACCAGCUGCUCCUGCUGCACAACCAACUGCUGUACGAACGGUUCAAGAGGCAGCAGCACGCCCUGAGGAACCGCAGGCUCCUGCGCAAGGUCAUCAAGGCCACGGCUCUGGAGGAGCACAACGCUGCCAUGAAAGAUCAGCUGAAACUACAGGAAAAGGAAAUCCAGGCCUUGAAACUGAGUCUGCAGAAGGAGCAGGCAAGGUACCACCAGUUUCAGGAGGAGCAUGAAAAUAUAGUGGCUCAGCUUCACAGCCAGAUCAGACAGCUGCAGCACGACCGUGAGGAAUUCUACAACCAGAGCCAGGAAUUGCAGACCAAGCUGGAAGACUGCAGGAAUAUGAUAGCAGAUCUGAGGUUAGAGUUAAAGAAGGCCAACAACAAGGUGUGUCACACUGAACUGCUGCUUAGCCAAGUUUCUCAAAAGCUUUCCAACAGUGAAUCAGUGCAACAGCAGAUGGAGUUCUUGAACAGGCAACUGCUGGUUCUUGGGGAGGUCAAUGAGUUGUACCUGGAGCAGCUGCAGCACAAGCACACAGACACUACAAAGGAGGUUGAAAUGUUGCACUCUGCUUUUCGGAAAGAACUGGAGAAAGCCAAGUUGUGUGUCCAGCAGCAGAGCCAAAGGCUUGAUGCUUCCCAGAAAAGGAUAGCUGAACUGGAAUCUCAGCUUGCAAAGAAGGACCACCUUUUCUUGGAACAAAAGAAAUACCUGGAAGAUGUCAAAAUCCAAGCAAGAGGUCAGCUGCAGGCAGUGGAGAGUAGGUACAGGGCCCAGAAAAAAAUCACACAGGCAUUUGAGCUGGAGAUCUUGGACCUGGUUGGGCGACUGGAGAAGAGCAGCCUACUGAAAAAACUUGAAGAUGAUAAGACAGAGGCAGCUGAAGCAGCAGAAGAAAGGCUGGAUUGUGGCAAUGAAGACACAGUGGCAGGAUACAGCGAAGAAACAAUGGGUAGAAAUGGAGAGACCAAACCUCCCAGCACUCGAGGGAGCAGUAGCAGUAAGGGUGGCAGCAACAGUGAGCUCUCCACCCCAGAAAAGCCCCAGAGCCAGAGAUUGAGCAGUCGCUGGGAGACAUCCAUGCUGCUGGAGCCCUCCACUACUGUCCCACUGACUGUAGGUUCCCUCCCCAGCUCCAAGAGCUUCCUUGGAAUGAAGGCACGAGAGUUGUUUCGCAACAAGAGUGAGAGCCAGUGUGACGAGGAGGGGGUAACCAUCAACAGGCUGCCUGAUGCUCUAAAGACUGAACUUUGUAAAGACCCAAGCAUGGAGUCAAAGGCCUCUCCAAGCCCUGAGAGCCUUAGCCUCUCACCUAAGCUCCAGGAAAGCAGUGUUGGACACCUUCAUAUCAUGGACUACAAUGAAACUCAUCAUGACCACAGUUAA